AUGCAUUCUAAGUUGUUCAUCGUUGCUGCCAUUGCAGCACUCACCGAGGCGCGUUUCGGGCAGGAGGGUCUUGUUCAGAACGUCAUUUCAGCUCUGAGUGACUUUGGCAACCCUGGCGCCGCUGCUACUCUGGCCGGACAGUCCCCAGGUGUUCUCCUAGCUGGAGCAAACGCCUGUGCGAAGCUCUCGCUAGCUGACGACAUCGUCUCCCAACUCGGGAACGAUGCUCAGGUCAUUGCCGCCGCGGCCCAGCUGGUUGCUGCUGAGAAGAACUUCAACCCCUUCGCUCAGGAUAUCCCUACCCUCUGCAGCGACGCUACGCUCCCAGCCACUGCCGAGCUCCGCGGCAUCUUGCCUCUGAUUGACCCUGAUGUUGUUGGUGCUGAUGUUGCCAACCAGCUAUCUGCUCAAUCUCUCACCACGCCAUUCAAUGCUGACGGCCUCAGCAUUGCUGAUCUUUCUGAUGCACAAGGCUUCAGCAACUUCACCGCCCAAGCUAACGCCUAG